AAAAUGUUUGGAAUGGCAGGAUAUACAUGAGCUGCGCCCUGAAAACGCAUCUGCAGUUGUGACUUGCAACAGAGAAACUCCCCGGUGCACGGGCGGCCAUGACGGUCGACGCCGCGCUCCUCGCCGCCGUCGUGGCCUUCCUCCUCCCGCUCCGCCUCAUCUCCCUCGCCCUCCGCCUGACCUCCAAGGGCCGCGGCGCCAGCGGCCGACACCUCCGCCGGUCCUGCGCCGCCUUAGCCGUCGCGGGCGCGCUCCUCGCCGUCAUCUUCGCACUCCCGCGCGACCGGGCCGGCCAGUGCGCCGUCCCCGUCACCGCCGUAGUAGAUGGCGAGGGGCUGCGAUCGGAGGUUGAGCAGCUCAAGCUCCAGCUCGCCCGGCUUGAAUCUCUGUGGGAUAACAAUUUGAAAGCCUUUGAUGAGAAGGGUGAUUCUUUGGAGAAGGUGGUAGAUAAGAAAGGUGAUCCUUUAGAGGAGGAUGGCCGUAUUAUGAGAGCAAUGGGGCUUGACAUCCAGUCUCUGAUCAAUGAGCAAGAAAACAUGAAGAAGCAGGAAUUGUUGUGCAGCUCAUAUUUUGGUGACAAUAUCAAGGCAAUGGAAGAUGAGGUUCGUCUCAUAAAGGAUGAAUCAAGAAAGAUGAGCUCUGAUAUAAGCAGUGUAUGGUCAUUAGCAAAAGAUGCAACGGAAAAGGUUGAAGCUCUACAUUCUGAUAUCAAGAAGAGUCAAGUUAUAACUGACGAAUGGGGGAGAAUGAACUCUAGUAUCAACAGAUUAUGGUCAUUCGUAAGGAAUACAGAGAAAAAGGUUGAAGGGCUAUGUUCAGAUAUAAAAAAGGUUCAACUUAUAACUGGUGAGUGGGGGAGGACGAAAUUCAACAGAAUGUGGUCAUUUGCAAAGGAUACAGAGAAAAAGUUUGAAGAUCUAUAUUCAGAUAUAAAAAAGGGCUUCAAGCAGAAGAAGAAGUGCGUGCCGUUCAUGCGAACCUGAUGACUGAUGUUCGCCACUGCCUAUGAUGCCCCGCUUGGUACUCUAUCGCAGAAGGCGCUACGCCACUCAAUUGCGUUCUUUUCUACGCACCUUUUGUACAUAAUCUAGGUCACCUUGAUAGUACAAGGUGGUUGUCCUUGCGGACGCACGUCAUGCCUUGCUUUCCGCCUCCAUGCCGUCGUGAGGGGCGGCAAUGUAUAUACUAUAGCAUAGAGCCAUAGUACUGUGAUAAUACAGUAACAAUAAGAUUCGAGUGGCUUCCAGAGUUCCAUUUCCA